UGGGAGCUAGUUGGAUAAGCAAUUUCAGUACUUUGUAAGCAUCGAGGCAGCCCAACGUCACUGAGCUCAGCUAAGUCGGCUUGUAUUUCUGAGAGAGAGAGAGAGACAGACAGACUCUCUUUCCUCGGAUUCCAGAACUUUAACCCUGAAAGCGGCGCCCAGAAAGGACCUUGACCAUCCCCACAGCUCCCUCCCAUCUCCCAGCUUCCCCUCCCCAGGGGUGCAAGUGAGGAGCAGGGUCCUGAGGUGUUAACGUUGAGGGUGCUCCCGGAGGCUGUUGCUUGUGUCCCUUGGAACCCUUCUGGCGCCUGACAACUUGCAAGUCUUUAGGGAGAGCGAGCGAGCGAGCGAGCGAGCGCAAAGCGGAGGAGGUGUGUGUUGGAGGUGGGCAGUCGCUGCCGAGGCCCCAGCGGUGGGCGAUCCUUUGGAGGCAGCGGUAGCCGCUAGUCUGGGCGAGCAGUGCCCGGCAUAAGCCCCGGAGCCACGAUGCCCGCGCCCCCGCCUCGCCGCCGGCUUCCCUGCUAGGAGCAAGAAGGGAUGUGGUGAAUGCGCCGGCUUCGCCCAGCGAGAGCAGGACCCUUCGCGGGCACAGGGCGCCGGGCACACCAUGGCCGACGCAGACGAAGGCUUUGGCCUGGCGCACACACCCCUGGAACCUGACUCAAAGGAUCUGCCCUGCGACUCCAAGCCCGAGAGCACGCUAGGGGCCCCCAGCAAGUCCCCGGCGUCCCCGCAGGCUGCCUUCACCCAGCAGGGCAUGGAAGGGAUCAAGGUGUUUCUCCACGAAAGAGAGCUGUGGCUGAAAUUUCACGAAGUAGGCACGGAAAUGAUCAUAACCAAGGCUGGGAGGCGGAUGUUUCCCAGUUACAAAGUGAAGGUGACGGGCCUUAAUCCCAAAACGAAAUACAUUCUCCUCAUGGACAUUGUUCCAGCCGAUGACCACAGAUACAAGUUCGCAGAUAAUAAAUGGUCUGUGACGGGCAAAGCAGAGCCCGCCAUGCCGGGCCGUCUUUACGUUCACCCGGACUCGCCAGCCACGGGGGCGCAUUGGAUGCGGCAGCUGGUCUCCUUCCAGAAACUCAAGCUCACCAACAACCACCUGGACCCAUUCGGGCACAUUAUUCUAAAUUCCAUGCACAAAUACCAGCCCAGAUUACACAUCGUGAAGGCGGAUGAAAAUAAUGGAUUUGGCUCAAAAAAUACUGCGUUCUGCACCCACGUCUUUCCUGAGACGGCGUUUAUCGCCGUGACUUCCUACCAGAACCACAAGAUCACCCAAUUAAAGAUUGAGAAUAAUCCCUUCGCCAAAGGAUUCCGGGGCAGUGAUGACAUGGAGCUACACAGAAUGUCAAGAAUGCAAAGUAAAGAAUAUCCUGUGGUUCCCAGGAGCACAGUAAGACAAAAAGUAGCCUCCAACCACAGUCCUUUCAGCAGUGAGCCUCGAGCUCUCUCUGCCUCAUCCAACUUGGGGUCCCAGUACCAGUGCGAGAAUGGUGUGUCCGGCCCCUCCCAGGACCUCCUGCCCCCGCCCAACCCAUACCCACUGCCCCAGGAGCACGGUCAGAUUUACCAUUGCACCAAGAGGAAAGAUGAAGAAUGUUCCACCGCGGACCAUCCCUACAAGAAGCCCUACAUGGAGACGUCGCCCAGUGAGGAGGACCCUUUCUACCGCUCUGGCUACCCCCAGCAGCAGGGCCUGAACGCCUCCUACAGGACAGAGUCCGCCCAGCGGCAGGCCUGCAUGUACGCCAGCGCCGGGCCGCCCAGCGAGCCGGUGCCCAGCCUGGAGGACAUCAGCUGCAACACGUGGCCCAGCAUGCCUUCCUACAGCAGCUGCACGGUUACCACGGUGCAGCCCAUGGACAGGCUCCCCUACCAGCACUUCUCGGCCCACUUCACCUCGGGGCCCCUGGUCCCCCGGCUGGCCGGCAUGGCCAACCACGGCUCCCCGCAGCUCGGAGAGGGGAUGUUCCAGCACCAGACCUCCGUGGCCCACCAGCCUGUGGUCAGGCAGUGUGGGCCUCAGACUGGCCUGCAGUCCCCCGGCGGCCUGCAACCGUCCGAGUUCCUCUAUUCUCACGGCGUGCCGCGGACCCUGUCCCCCCACCAGUAUCACUCGGUGCACGGCGUGGGCAUGGUGCCAGAGUGGAGUGAGAACAGCUAAAGUGAGGCCUGCUUCCUCACAGACGGUUGCUAGAGAGAGAGAGAGAGAGAGAGAGGGAGAGCGGGAGAGAGGGAGAGAGACAGUAGCAGAGAGAACCCCACGGACGGCAUUUUUCAUUUCAGUGUUCACGUCUGCACUCCAGAGCCCUGGGCGCUGAUCUAAUCGGCCGCUUGAAUCCACAAUUCAAAAAAUGUGACUUUGUUGUUCUGUCUCAAAACCAACCGAAAAAAGAGGAGCCCCCACCCCCCACGACCACCGCACUCGUCGGCCGGCCAUGUUCACACCACCUGCAGAUGUCCUCGGUGAUUCCUUCUUUUGGUCUCCAGAAAGCCUUGCCUUACCGAGUGUUUUAGCCGAAUGGCGUAGAUGGGAGUCUUCCCUGUCUUGGUGUUAAUGUUGACGUUGUUAUAUAAUAAAUAAUAAUAUAUUUUUUUU